AUGCGUCUCAUACAGUAUGAGCCAAACGGCGAUUACAGGCUAGAAAGGGAGUUGGGAACAGAAUCACUUCCUAAAUAUGCUAUUCUUUCGCAUACCUGGAUGUUGGAUAACGAAGGUGAGGUCAGUCUGCGCGACCUGACUCAGGGACUUGCCAAAACAAAGCCUGAGGGCUGCGAGAAGAUUCGGUUUUGCGGAGAAAGAGCUGCUCACGAUGGCUUAAAUCACUUUUGGGUCGACACAUGCUGUAUCGAUCAAAAUAGCAGUGCUGUCUUGGAGGAGGCCAUCACAUCCAUGUACGCCUGGUAUCGCGACGCAGACCGAUGCUAUGUGUACCUCUGGGAUAUAACACUCGACACGUCGUCCUUGGAAGACAUUACUCAUCAAACACCACCAAUACAUCUUUGGGAAUCGGCGUUUAGAAGGAGCAGAUGGUUCACACGAGGGUGGACACUUCAAGAGCUUCUGGCUCCACAGUCUGUGGAAUUCUUCACCAAAGAGGGCAUCUGUUUGGGAGACAAGUCUUCUCUUGAGUCUAUCAUCCAUCAGGUUACCGGUAUACCGGUCGCCGCUUUACGCGGAACCAGCUUAACAAGCUUCAGCAUUGAAGAGCGACUACGCUGGACGGAAAACCGCCAAACGAAACGCAAGGAGGACAAGGCAUACUGCCUCCUAGGAAUCUUUGGUGUCUUAAUGAACCAUCGCUACGGCGAGGGGGACAAGGCCUUCGAACGACUCCGGCGUAAGAUAGAAAACAAUAACGACUUGCUUUCCACGUUGCCCAUGGCAAAAGACGCAGCCUUCAAUUCUCUUCAUAACCAGCAUGAGCCGAUUUGUUUGGAGGACACCAGGUCGGGAAUCCUUAACCAAAUCCGGGCAUGGGCCGAAGGCAGUGACAGUCGGUGUAUAUUUUGGCUCAACGGUAUAGCGGGCACUGGAAAGUCGACCAUUGCUCGUACCAUUGCCAGGGUUUACUACGAUGUUGGUGCUCUGGGGGGUAGUUAUUUCUUUUCCAAGGGCGGUGGUGAUCUCAGCAAAGCCAACCGACUUGUCACAACACUUGCCGGACAGCUCGCGGCCGGCAUGUCAGAGCCAAGACGCCAUAUAUCUGAGGCUAUCGCGACGCGUGAAGACAUCAUGGAACGUUCUCUGCGAGAUCAAUGGAAACAUCUUAUCAUUGAUCCGCUUUCCAAGAUCCCCACUGAUUCAACCGAACAUCCGAUAUUGUUAGUAAUUGAUGCAUUGGAUGAGUGCGACGAUGAGAACGAUAUCCGUGCCAUCAUAAAGUUUCUAGUAACAGCCCAGACACUUAAAAACUUUCAUCUGCGAAUUCUCAUCACGAGCCGGCCUGAGACACCAAUCCGCCACGGCUUCAACCAAAUGUCAAGCGACCAACGAGAGGUCUUUGUUCUUGAGGAUAUCUCACCCAGUGUGAUCAACCAAGACAUCGGCGUCUACUUCCAAAACCGACUGAAGGGGUUUUGCGAGGAGAGAGGGUUCGAUGACGACAGCUGGCCUGACAGUCGAAGUAUUAUGAAACUAGUGGAAAACGCCUCAGGCCUGUUCAUAUGGGCUGCAACUGCAUGCCGUUUUAUCUGCAAGGGGUCGCGUUUUUCGAACAUGGAGAAAAGACUGAAGAUGCUGAUUCAUGGCUUCUCAUCAGGCGAUGGACCGGAGAAGAAGCUUGAUCAGAUUUAUAUCACUGUCAUUCGAGAGUCUGCAAUGCGCGUUGCUGACGACGAGAAAAGCGAGCUUUACUUGAUGUUGAGACAGGUAAUCGGGGCCAUUGCCAUCUUGUAUUCGCCUCUCGCUAUGGAACCGCUCUCUAGACUUGUCGACCUCAAUCUGAGAGAUGUGAAAGAAACCCUCAAUGACCUACACACAAUCUUUUACAUACCAAAACAUUCCUCUGCUAAGGACCCACGGUCGGUCCGUCUACACCAUCCUACGUUCCGCGACUUUCUUCUCAACAAAGAUCGCUGCAUUGAUCUCAACUUCUUCGUUGAUGAGAAGAAAGCUCAUCGCGCGAUGGGGGAUAAAUGCAUUGCGUUGAUGUCCAAGAUGCUACGCAAGAAUAUAUGUCAUCUUGAUUCGCCUGGCACCACCAUUACUGAACCUCUUGAAGCAAGCCAGAUCAACAAGAACAUACCUCCCGAUCUUCAGUAUGCGUGCCUUUACUGGGUUGAACACUACCGACAAAGCGGAAUCCGUUUAUCGGAUGGAGAUGCGAUAAACCAAUUUUUCAAGCGUUGCUUUCUAAACUGGCUCGAAGCCAUGAACUUGAUGGGGAAGAGCUUGGAAAUGGGUGCGAUCAUUAGGCUUUAUCACUCUUUGCUUAUGCCUGAUUGUAACCAGAGCCAAAUACCAUUCGUCAAGGAUGCAAGACGUCUGAUGUUUACUUUCCAAAACAUCAUGAGAAACGCCCCCCUGCAGAUAUACUGCGCCGCGCUAGCCUUUAUUCCAUUGACGAAUGAACUACGGUGUCAUUUUCGUCAUCAACAAGAUUCCUGGAUUCAGGAUGUCUGGUUUGCCGAGGCAGAUAUCCCGAAGCCGAGGGAUGACUUCAACUACGUCAGUGACCUGGCUUUCACCCCGGAUAGCAGGCGAAUCGCUUCAGGGUCGAACUUCGAGGCUAUUAGGUUUUGGGACGUAGCGACCAAGUCCAGGCUCCGGAAAUUUGAAGGUGGUGCUACAGACAAGAUGAGCUCCGUCGCCAUUUCUCCAGACGGCAAAACUCUGGCAGGAGGCUCAGACGACUUUACGGUCAUGGUGUGGAGUAUCGAGACUGGCGCGCUACACUACUCCAUCAAGGCUCACACCGGUUGGGUCAACUCAGUCGUCUUUUCACCAGAUGGAACGCUUCUGGCGUCUGGUUCUAUGGACCAAACCGUGGCUCUCUGGGACGUAUCGACAGGGCAAGAGGUCAAAAGGAUCGAUAAUCAGUCCAGUUGUGUCAACUCUGCAACCUUCUCCCCUAAUGGAGCCAUGGUUGCCACAGGCUCUGUGGAUGGUGUUUUAAGGGUUUGGCAUCCAUUCAAGUCGUCCGAUGAGAUGCCCAGAAUGCUAGAUGGUCAUUCAGGCCCCAUCAACUCCGUCCGCUACUCUCCUAGUGGUAGUCAUAUAGUCUCCGGAUCAGACGAUAUGAUGGUUAGGUUGUGGAAUUGCGUGACAGAGGCUUCCAUUAUCUUUAAGGGGCACACCAAGAAAGUCAUGGCAGUUGCUUUCGCUCAUGUUGGGCAUCGCAUUGCCUCUGGCUCCGAAGACAAGACGGUCAGAGUCUGGGACGCGACUUCUGGUGCUUGCCUGAGCAUUCUUCUCGACCACACCAGUGGCAUUAACUCUGUUGUUUUCUCACCGGAUUGCACCAUACUUGCGUCGAGCUCUUUUGAUGACGAGGUCCGGCUAUGGGACCUGUUAAUAGGGUUUCCAUCUUCAAUUACACUUUUUUAA